GAUCUAUCCAAUCAGCAUAAAGCGCUUAUUAAGCGUUAACUUCUAGAGAACACAGCCAUCGCUUGGCAUUGCGUCAGCAGGAGGCAUCGAGGGCACUUCGGCGACAACCUGUUACUGCAUAGCCUCGAAAUUCGUAGAUAAGUCAAAUAAUUAACACUAUCGCGGAGUGGAAGCCAUGUCGCAAAUAGUCUUGUUUCAGUUUUACUGCCGCGUAAAGGUUAGGCCAUGACUGGAAGGUCAUAUCGUCACUAUGGUGUUAACACACGGAAAGAUAAGGUAAUUACCGUAGCUAAAAACUGCAUGUGGCGACUAAACUUCAGUUGCAAGAUAUGAACAGUUAAUAUACAUUUGUGACAACUAAAUACUUUGCCGCUGUGCCUGUUGUAUUAGGUGCGACAGCGACUCGUUUGCUGUGGCUUAUAAAUCUAUAGUUACAGCAGCAAAAUAUUUGGAGUGAACCACGAUUGGCUUACCACGGUAACAAAAAAUUGUUUUUGAGCGCGAGCGCUGCACGUAGGCAUGUUCGCCGACGAGUACUGACUACGGGAUAGCCAUUCAGAUAGAAACGCUCUCGACAAGGGCUCGGUUGGAAGCAUGUACCUUGACGCGCUCGCACGUAAGAGUUCAGGUAUGAUGUGGAUGUUUAACUACAUCCUCAGGUGGUUUGAAUCCCUGAUUUUAAGGAUUGUCAAGACUGGCCAGAUACCUAGACACGUGGCAUUAAUCAUGGAUGGGAACAGACGUUAUGCGAAUACAAGGAAUUUGGCAAAGGGGGAGGGACACUCGAGAGGGUUGGAUAAAUUGAUCGAGAUGGUAAAUUUGUGCACGGUCCUCGGCAUUACGGAGGUCACGGUGUAUGCUUUUAGUAUAGAAAAUUUUCAACGUACCGAGGAGGAAGUCAACGAAUUCAUGAAGCUUGUAAAGCAGAAGUUCAGGCGUCUCUUGGACGAGAGGGAAAAACUGCACGAGGCUGGACUUUGCAUUCGUGUGAUUGGCAAUUUGUCCUUGCUCCCAAAAGAUUUAUGCAAGUUAAUUGCCGAAACUAUUGUAAUCACUAAGGAUAAUAACAACGUAAUUUUAAAUAUUGCUCUUCCUUAUACAUCAAGGGAUGAAGUUACUAGUGCAAUUAAGGAUAUAGGAAGAGGUGUAAAGCGUGCUGAAAUUCUGCCAGAAGAUGUUGAUGAAGACCUGGUGAGUGACUGUUUGUACUUUAACAGAUCUCCAAAUCCGGAUUUAUUAAUUCGUACUUCUGGAGAGACUCGACUUAGCGAUUUCCUCAUGUGGCAAAUUGCUGACACCUACAUCUACUUCACCGAUGUAAUGUGGCCUGAAUUUAGUAUAUGGAAUUUUCUUGGUGCAAUCUUUAAUUAUCAAAGAUGCUAUCCUGAGUUGCAAAAAAAUAAGAAAACUAAACCAAUCGUGCGUAACAACAGGGUAUCUACGUUUCUUGAUAAAUUACAACGCGAACGCGAUAUCGCGAUAUAUAAUAUGUAUGUAUCUGAUCUACCUGAUCAAUCAGCCGUUCAGUCCUAGAAACAUAAACUAUAUAUUCACAAGAUAGAAUAAAACCAGAGUCAAAACUAAUCAAUUAUAUUGUAAUGGACAGUUAGCUCAAAGCAGUAAGUCCAGUAAAUAUAAGUAUCAGUGAGAUAUGAUAAGAAUGCAUUUACUGCUAAUUACUCCGUUACAAUGUAAUUGAUUAGUUUUGUCACGGGUUUUAUUUUAUCUCGUGAAUAUAUUUUUCGCAAAUUUUCUCUAAUUAUAAUUGCCAGUUGCGUCGUUUAUCAAUUUUCCUACAUCGGUUAAUUAUGUACUGGCGACAGUAAGUCUUAAUUCAUGAAUAUAUGUUUACCAAAUUAUUGCAGCAAUUAAUUUGUUCGUACUAUGUUUUGUGCAUCAACAAAACUAAUUGUGAGAAAAAUUUCCAUCGAAUAAACAAUGAAAUAGUGUUUCCGAUGGUUAAUUUUCUCUAUUAAAUU